GUCAACUCACGGCUCGGUAGAUGGUGUAUCUGCUCGAAAGCAAGAUGGUGUCUCUACAAAAUUUACUCUCUCUCGAAGAGAGAAUUAGAAGUGAAAAUACAGAAGCGGCUCGAUUAAAUCAGGAAAAAAUGUCGAUCGACAACGAAGUUCCGUUCGUCCGGCAAGGUUCCGGAAGAAGACCCGGUCCACUGCCUCUGCAGCCAAAUGGAACCCCUACCAGAGUCAGACGGAACUUUGACUUAGCUGGGAUAAACAUCACCAACUGCUCGACAAACUCAAAGCAAGCAGAAAUCGAAGCCAGACUACAGGAGAUCAUCAAACUCACUGGCAUCAUCACAGUCGAUGGCAAACGAUACUUCAGCAGCAUACAUGACCUAGAGCAUCUGGGAGAGCUGGGUUUCGGAUCUUGUGGUCAUGUCGUCAAAAUGAGACACCCACCCAGCAACGCCAUAAUAGCAGUCAAGCAAAUGAGGAGGUCGGGCAAUCGCGAAGAGAAUAAGAGGAUCACCAUGGACUUGGAAGUUGUACUGAAGUCUCACGACUGCCCCUACAUCGUACAGUGCCUGGGUUGUUUUGUGACCGAAUCUGACGUUUGGAUUUGUAUGGAGCUUAUGGCCACGUGUUUUGACAAAUUACUCAAACGACUCAGGCAACCCAUCAUCGAACCCAUCAUCGGGAAAAUUGCUGUCGCCACCGUCAAAGCGUUGCACUAUCUCAAAGAGACCCAUGGUGUUAUCCAUCGUGACGUGAAACCUUCCAAUAUUUUACUUGACGAAAGGGGAAAUGUUAAGCUGUGCGAUUUCGGUAUUUCCGGCUGGUUGGAGGACUCGAAAGCAAAAACGCGCAGCGCUGGAUGCGCCGCCUACAUGGCUCCUGAACGAAUUGAACCACCUGAUCCAUCGCAUCCCGACUAUGACAUUCGAGCCGACGUAUGGUCGCUGGGCAUCACUCUGGUUGAAAUGGCAACGGGAAACUCACCGUACCGUGAUUGCCAGACGGAUUUUGAAGUGUUGGCCCGUGUCGUCCGUGACGACCCACCUCUCCUCUCCCAGUCGCAAGGAUUCAGCCCCGAGCUCUGCUCCUUCGUCCGUGAUUGUUUGACGAAGAACUACAAGCACCGGCCAAAGUACAAGAAACUGCUGGAACAUCCGUUCAUCAAGAAAUACGAAGCGUUGCCGAUCGACGUGUCCGUGUGGUACCAGACGGUGAUCCGUCAAAUCGAGAGCAACCAGCUGGUCCGCCAGUCGCCGCAGCGUACAUCGCAGAGGAUGUACACUCCACCGUCGCCGAGUUUACGGAGAGUUACUUCGGAACCGCCGCCAAUUCCACCGCGGACGCCCGAGAGCCAGCGGAAGCCAUUGCUGGUGCGGCUGGCAUCGGAGCCGGUCGUCGACGGACUCGAUUUCCAGACCAUCAACGGUCGGGUCACGGUGGUGGGCACCAAACCGACACUGCAACAACAACCGUUUCAGUUCGAUCCCAAACCACCGCCCGGUAAACCCAGUCCGCCGGUGGCUGGCCCAAUAGGGCCAGGAGGCUUCCGAUUCAACCUACCUCUACGGCCGCCAGCGCUUCCACCUCGACCUCCGCCCACGGGAGGGACCCAGCAGCCACAACCGCAGAGCACUCAACAAGCAUCACCUUCAGAAGAGACUCUGCCGUCGUUGACAAGAGGCUUGAACCCGUCACGCGUCACCAGUCCGCCAACUGAUUUACCCGGUCUACCUCCUCGUCCUCCACCUGCAGGUGCCGAAUCGGCUGCCGAUCGAAAUAGUUCGUCUGUAGCUCGACUGGCCCAGAUGUUUGGUACGCAAUUGUCACCUGCCAGAUCGCCGACAACCAGUGGGAGAGAUCCCAACGAGAUCUUCAAUUUGCCAUCCAACCGGCGGCCGGCCGAUUCGCCGCCUGUCGUCCCUCCGCGUUUGUCACCCGAGUCUGCCAAUCCACCGCCGCGUUCUCUCUUCUCUGAUGGGCUUUUGGCCAGGAUCAGCCAGGAUCCUUUCUUCUCUCGCUUGCUGAGGCCCAGCACCAGUUCGGAACAGUCUCACAACGGAGGCGGACGGAACAACGGACACCAUCAGUCGAGCGGCGACCAGCGAUCGGCACCUUCGUCUUCGUUAUUCGGCCGUCGUAUCUCUGCCGAAGGCUUAUCACUAAGAAGCAGGUAUUCGCCUUCGCCUCCGCAGCAUCCGCCACCGCAGCCACCCGCUCGCCGGUUGUCUCAAUCCUCCGGCAGUGGUGGCAGUGGUCUUGGUUACGGCAGCGGUGGAGGAGGUGCUGGAUCAGCAUCUGUCCCCGCUUCACCCGUCCUUCAUCCAAGGCAUAUGGGCGAGAAUGCCAAUCCAUUCUCGUCCGGCUACGUUCUGCCACGCCAUUUAACGCCCGAGCCACAGCGUCGCAGCUUUAGCCAGCGCUUCGAGCUCUAAGCAAAAUAACCGAAACAAGAAAAAACAAAAAAACAAAUUCGUUCACUCCUCCCUAUCCCUCCCCCCGUUUCCCCGCAAACAAAAAUUAUGAGUUUUAUAUUUAAAAAUCCAAAAGUUAAACAAAACAACAAAAAAAUGGGAAAAAAAUUACAGAUUUUUUUUUUUUUUUAGAUUUUUAUCCCAACAAGCCAUGUAGGUCAUAUUACAGCAAGGAAGUAGAAAAAAAAGAAAAACAUUUUAGAAUUUUUUUUUUGUCUUUUUAAAAGCAGAUUAGCCGGUCUGCGUGAAACGUUGCCAAGAACGCUGUCGAUAUUUUGUGCGCCAUGGUAUUUUUCAUUUCUAGUGUUGUGAACAGCGCGCAGCUCUUCGUUUCUGUAAUUUUUCUUUUUUCUCUCCUCUUCUUUUUUUUAAAAAAAACAUAAUCAUAAUCAUAAUUAAUUAAUUAAGAUAUACAGGAACAAAACCAUUAUUAGAAAACAGUCGCCAUUUUUUAAAAGAAACUUUUGUUUAAAUCCUUCCCUCAUUUCCAUCAGUUAUUAUAAUUAAUAAUUAUUAUUGCGAUUACGAGAUAUAUUAAUUAUUAUAGAGAGAAAUUCAACACAUUUUUUGCCUAUUUAAAAAGAAAUUUGAUUUGCGUCCCCGACAUGUUUUUUCUCUCUCCUUCCCUCCUUUUUCAUUUUUACCAAAGUUUCCUCUUUCGUGCGGCACUUGAUGACGUGCUUAUAAUCAAUAGGUUAGAAAAAUUAAGAAAAAAAAUCAAUCGACGAUAUAUUUGACUAUUAGGAUGGUCACCCCCCCCCCACACCCCAAAAAAGAAAAAGUUGUGAAAAAAAAACUAAAAUAAAUGUCGACGUCACUUUUUCUUGUUUGGUUUUCUGUACAAGUAUUUUAUGAUUUUUAAAAAACAAAAAAAAAGGGAGUGAGGUUAACGAACGAAUCAUUUUAUUUUUUAAUAAAUCUUUCCUUUUGUCCCUACCAAUAGAGGCAGCCACCCCCCUGCUCCCAAACUCCUCCAUAUCCCCAUGCAAAAAAAGAAAAAUCUAACACAACACAUCCCAUCAGAUUUUUUAAUUAUUAUUUAAUAAUUAGUGAGUGCCUGUUGCAGAGCGAUCCGUAUACUAUUAUUAAUUAUUGUCUCACUCCCUCGAUUGAAAUGCUCUCCAUUUCUUUGUAUCUCUCUCUUAUUCUUUUGUGUCGCGUUUCUGUUACAGCCAAUUUGUGCGUUUGCGUGCAUGUGUGUGCGUGUUGUAAUUCCUCCGAGAAAAACUCUUGAUUUCUUUUUGUUUGUUUUCUGUUCAAAAUCAAACAACUACUCCUUGAACGUGGGAAAAUUGUCUAUUUCGGGAUCCAAAUCACCACCAGAGAAAACCGGAAAAAAAACAAAAAUGGUAGAAGAAGAUUGAAGAACUGCACGCGUUCAAUAGCAGCAGACUCCCUCCCACACACACACACAGUUGUGAGUUGAUUUAUCCAAAAGAAACAUGCCAUACAACAAAUAACAAAACAAAAAGACAAAACACACAAAAAAAUGAGAAUAAAAAGAAAAAGCGAAUGAGAGAAAUUUGUUUCGUUUCCCUAUUUUGUAUUUCUUUUUAAUUUUACUAUUAUUGUCAAUCAAAUGUUUCACCGUUGUCGGUGUAAGACAGAAAGAGGGUCCUGGGGCCGGUGUUAUUAGGACCGGUUUUACGUGCAAAUUUUCUCUUCAUUUGAUUCUGUCCGUGGUACGUCUGGGCGUAGUCAAACAUGUUGAGAAGGACACAUUUUUGGGGCAGUCAAUGGAAUCAAUCUUUUUUUUUUUUAUGGGGGGGGGGGUCUCACCGGGGAAUUAUAUAUCAAACAGAAAUGGUAUUAAGUUUAAUGAAAACUUAUUCCCCCAACUUAAUCGGUUAUCGUUUUUGAGCGGUUUGAAUUUGAGGGGGGUAGGGAGAUUUUUAGUAAUCGAUAGCUUGCUGGUUAUAAUUGGACGGUGUCGUCUGCUUUCGUCUAGUUGAAAAUUUCGAGAAAGUUCAAGAUUUAUAUUGAGAUUUAAUUGUUUUUGAUGACUGCCGUACUCCAUCUCCAUGCUGUUUAGCGGAUUUGAGGCCAGCCAUUAUCAUCACACAAUAUGCAAGUUUUUCUUGCACAGGUGUUGCACUGUCACCAGCAACAAUCUCAGGAUCAUCACUUGGAUAAAAAGCAUCCCAUUGCAUUGAAAUGCAAUAAAAAUGCAUUGUCAAUCAAAUUAUGGAUCUCUAUUUUCCCCCCUUUCUUUAAAUGUCCUCGUGUACCCCCAUGUGAAUGUGGGUGUAUUCACGAGGACACCCUUUAUACCCUAUCCCGUCUGGUGUAAUUGAACUCUUCAGCGGAUGGAUGGAGCAACAUGCCUCGUAUUUCCCAGUCAUAAUAGUUUCCAAGAAAAUAUAGAAGAGAGAGAGAGAGGGGGAAAUGGUUCGAUUAUCCUUGACCGGAACCAACUACAGACUAGAACAUCCCCCCUCCCACAGCUGGAAACUCACCUUGAAGUUUAAAAACUUAUCUACAAAAAAUUUUUUUAUUUUCAACAAGUCCGCGCUGGAGGGUAAGAGUGAACAAAACCACCAUUUAGUUAGUGAAAGUUUUUUUUUAUCUUCUUUUGUUAUUAUAAUAUGGGGUUUAAAAGGAAAAUUUAAUUUUCUGGCCUACCCUCCUUAUAACAACAAUUUUUUAAAAGAAAACUAGCGUACCAUAUAGUUUAUUUUUGGCUGCAAUAGGCAAGUGUGUGUACGUGUACACCUUUAUACCUGAGAGCAGCAUAGUCUAGGAGAAAGUGAUGGUCUCUACCUGUUGUUACAGUUUUUUCUUUUCCAAAUGUCAACGAGCACAAACCCAUCAAUCAUUUUCCCCCACCAAGAAAGGCAAAGAAAAAAUGUUUUGUUGGUCAUAUUUUUAUUGUUACACUACAUGUGUAAUAACAAAAUGGCGUUUUAUGUCGAUCUUUCUCUAUUCCCAACUUCCUUUUUUUGAUUCUUUGGAAAAUGCGGGAGUCAUAUUCCAUGGCGUUUUUCUUGUGUAGACAACACCAGUAUGAUAAUCCAGCCACUUUCACGUUGCCUUCUCUCUCUCUCUCUCUAGAGAGAGCUUUUCCCGUCGUGAAACGAUUUCCAUUUCUGGUGAACAGCCGCCCGCCAAUCCCGACCCAAACUCUUUUGCUCCAAUCACGAAAAAGAGAGACUGCCGACGACGACGAGUCAAACAACUAAACCUGCCACCACAUAUCCAACAACAACAACAACAUAUAGGAGAGUUGCUUUCUCGGUCAUUUUCCAAUCUGUCCGCCAUCGCCCAUUAUUAUUUCGAUUUAUAUUCAAACUCAAAUUUUUGUGUUACGUCACGCGUUUGGGCACGGAGGUGGUAUUGUCUACGAUGACGAAAUCCACAACUGCUGCGCACAUAUUCCAACGCCAAACGGGUUGUUGUUGUGGCGAAAUUUUUGUUUUGUGUGCGAGAGAGUUCGUCGAGCUCGUAAAUUAACAAGUCCAGUUCUAUUUAAUACGAAAUAGUUAAAAGGAAUCAAUGAACAAUCGAGUUGAACGUUCUUUUUUGCGGUUUCCGUUCCUGUUAUUAUUAUAUUCUUUCUUAAUUUCAAGUUUGUGCGCCAGUUUCCUUUCACUUUUUUUUUUUUUUCGUUCGGUUUGAAGGCAGGUGCCAACGAAACGGUGGCCCCCGUGUCGAACAUUAUUGGGAAACAAAGUGGCCAACAUUUCGUUCCCUCCAUUUCACUUUGUCCAAUUUUUAUAGACAGUACUACACAGUAUUCUAUAGAACCGAUGGUUAUCUUAGGUGUACAUUCACGCUCCGUUGGGCUUUCACUAUUUCUCUCUCGGUGGUCGGCCAUUGGCGAAAUGAAGAAGAAGAAACAGGUUUUCUCGUCUGAAAAAAUACUGGGCGGUGAAAUCGACUCGUGACAACCGACAAUGGUCUAUCAAAGGAUUGGCAAAGUAGAAAAUCACUUCACCAGCAGCAGCAAAUGGCGACCAGCGGGGGGGCUCAAUAUUAUUUCUAGACACACCUUUCUCUCAAGUUUUCAUCAUUUUUUGAUUUGGUUUUCGAUGGGGAAAAAUUUCUAGAGAAAGAAGGUGAAAGGAAAAACAGAAGGGAUGGUCACACACACACACACCAGGCAGCACGUCUGCUCUUUCACAUGUACAGCUAGCUAGCCGGCCAGCAGCUGCGCUUAUUUUUCCUUGUAGCAUUUGAGCAUCGGACGCGCGGGGUCCCCGUCCGAGGGAGGUCAGUAGGUCAACACGGCAGCCCCAACUCGCCGUAAGGAGCUAAUGCUGAGGAGAAAGGCUUCGGACAAAAAAUCCUAAUAACUCUCCUCUCGUCAAUUUCUUUUUUUCGUUGUUCUCUCUAGAGCCAUCAAAUAAGUAUGACAUAAAAGAUGAUUACAAGUAGUAUGUAGGGAAUUCUUUUUAAAAAAGUUGCUAAUGGGAAAUACCCCGGGGAAUGAUUCACCCUGAGAUUAUGAUAUCCUUGGACAAUCGAAAAGGGAAAAGUCAAUUGAAAAUGUGACGUCGUGUAUCGUUUGAUUACAAGCAAGGCCAUUAGUCAUCUAUACUUGACUUAAUGAAAACCUUAUGCUUAUGGUUUUAUAUAUUUCUGGCCGAAUUGUUGGGGGAAAAGUUGUUUGGUCACCUUUCCCUUCGUUCAAUUCGGUAAUGCAUCUAACUGGAACGCCGCAUUUCCGCUCGCUUCUCAUCGGAACCAAUUAUUUAUCCAUUUUGAUUUCAAGGAAUUUCGUGCUCAACAAAGUGAUAGGAGGAAGAAGAAGAAGAUUUUUCGUGUAAAAGUCCAUGGCCACCAGUCGUUGUAAUCUUCUCGACAUUGAUGAAC